AUGCUGUAUCUUCUCAUUGGCGCAACAUUUUCUGAAAAUAUCAAAAAGAUCUUUCCCAAGGAUACGGAGCAAGACAUCGCUGAAUAUGCUUUUGAUUUGACUUGUACCAAUUGUAGAGAAGCUCAUGGCUCUCCAGUAUUGAUCAACUCGUUUGAGAAGCACGAGAUGCCAGGUAGUAGGGGUGAGGCGUCGUUCUUGUUGAAGUGCAAAUUCUGCGCCAAGGACCUCUCCAUCAAUUUGACCAGAUGCGAGGAUGCCCUUUACAACCCAGAUAAUGAGCUUAAUGAAGAGUAUUUCGGUACAUUGAAAGAUAAGAGGAAGAAACGUGGUCUGAAAAAUAUUGACACACAGAAGGCUGCCAUCUUGGAAUUCGAUUGUAGAGGUUGUGAAAUUACCAAUUUCCACCAGGAUAGUGUUACCUUCUUGGCUGAAUUAAAUUCUGGUAAAAUCAUGGAAUUUAAAUUUGAAAAGGGUGAGAAUGAGUGGUUUGACUAUGAUGAUGACGAAAAUGAGGAAGUUUCUGUCACUGAGUUUUAUCAAGAGAUUGUUAAGGGUAAAUAA